AUGUCUCAAUACUCGCCGUCAUCAUCCAGAUCAUACAACUCUUGCCGCAACAGUAUUUCUUCUGAUUCGUCAUGCUUUUCCAAUCAAACUCCAAGAGAUCUUAUCCCAUCCCUCAUGUCACUUUCUCUGGAUUCGCCAGUUUUCUCAUCUCCAUCUCCUCCAACCACACCAACCAUCGAGCAGCAGCAUCCAGAGUUCUUCCUGUCGUCAUCUUCAUUUGCCAAUCGUAGAAUCGUCAUUGGAUCGUUUGAUAGAAUGGUGUGCCCAAUCAGUGGAAUGCCAUUGAUUACAGUUUCCACGAGAAAUGAGGAAAAUAUGAUGUAUAGCUACAACGUCCACAAGAAUAAAGUCAAAAAUCAUCAUUGCGAAGGAUGUGGACCACGUACCCAAGAAACAAAUCUUCAACCAGUCUACUCAGUUUUCUGUUACAAAUUGAACCGGUACGUCAUUUUCGCCAGAAACGUCAAAGCAAAGAAAGUUGAAAAGUUCGUGUUCUGUUCCGAGACUGGAGGAUUGGAGCAAGUUCGCAGAGACGAUUUGAUUUUUGAGGAAGGAAUUUCAUAUCCAUUCAUUCUCAUUGGCCCACACAAAGAGUAUAUUCAAUGGGAAGGAAAGCAGUGGAAGAAACAAAAAAUGACCAAAAAUGGAUGGAUUCCAAUUCCACCUCGUCCAGUCAAAGGUCUGAAGCCGUUGGAGAAUAUUCCUCAAAUCAACGUGCCACCACUUCCUGACCUGCUCGUCUUGUUUUGUCCACACUUGGCUGCUGAAAUUCUGAUGGUCAGAGAGAACGGGCGCGUCAUUCGCACAUGUGUCUACAACGAGCUCACCAAGAAAUUUGAAUACAACACAAGCUGUGCGAAAUGCGCUACUAGUGUAUCGUACAACAAGGCAGGGAACAAAUCAACUUGGCAUCAACGGAAACCGGACCAACAAAGACACCAGCAAAGAUUUGUUCCUGAGCAUAGACGUUUCGGAGUUGGGGCAACUCAGCAUUAA